GACAGAGUUGAGAGGAGAGUGGGAGAAACUGAGAGAGAGUAGGAGGAAUGAAAAUGAGAGUUUAUAUGCCAGUCAGCAUCACAACUGGAUGCACAGCAUUUCAUCAGCACAGACCUUUAUGUUAUGUAAAGCAAGGGGUGUCUGGAGAAAUUCUUAGCACUGGAAACCAACCAACAGUUCCCCAGUCAGUGUGAUGCCACAAGUCUCCUCAUCAUUUUACCCAUCACAGCUACUCAAAGAAAUAUUAUACCCUUGUGCUCUCAGCAGAACUAUAAUCGUCCGGCAAGUGCUGAUGCCCCUCAAAAUACCUUCACAGUGUUUUCUAAAACCAUCUCAAAUGGUCUCAUUCUUCCCCUCAUUCUAAGCAAAUUUUCACCAUAAAUAAUGUAAUGUUAUUGAAAUUUCUACACAAGUACUAAACAGUAGUUUUAAAACAGAGAAAGAGAAGGACAGCACAGCGUUUAUGUCAAACGUGAAACUGCACAAUCUUUGUUGUGCUCAUGGCAAAAAAUAAGAGUUCCUCAAUCUUAGAAAAAUGGGAUUCCGCACCAAUUGAACAGUCAUCUGAACCCAUUUUUAAAACCCCUUCUCCGUUUUGGAAUCAGGAUUUGAUAUUCAGAAGACCUAGACAAGUACGGGAAUCCACACCUGAUGUUGUCACAGGUGGAUUUAACUUUUAUUCUUACAGCUGUGAUCUAGGCUCUGUCACGACCCCAGACCUCUCUUGUGUUAUAGGAGGAAAUCCAAUCCACCCUUCACAGAGUCUGAACUCUCCUAGUAGGAGAUAUCUACCACCUUCAUCAAAAUUACUUGUCACUAACCCAAACAUGCUGCACAGUCUUGGAAGAAGUACUUCAUACUGGAAUUAUUCAACUCCAGAAGUAGGACAUGGACCUGUCAAAGGUUUCAGAAAGCUGGAAAAUCCACAAAUCGACCCAUUGUCAGCUUCAUAUUUUUAUAGAGGGGUUGUUAGGGAUACGCUAAGAAGCGAUAUUCCAACUCAGGAAGUCAAAUCAUGCAUGCAGAGAGAGAGACCGAGAUAUUCACACUGGUACCACGAACCGCAAAAUCAGAGAAUCUGCUCCAAAAGAGAUCAUGAGAGACAUUACGUGAAAAACAACCCACUUCUAGGUUCUUUAUUACAUACAGAUUCUAAUAGAGAAUAUUUUAAACACAAUAUGGAGUACAACCAUCACCAGCAGCUAGAUUUGAAUUACUCUACUCAUGCUGUGCCUGAAGAAUCAAAGCAGGAAAGUGAAAAGCUAAAGAGCGAGGAGCUCCCCCUGCUGGUCUGGAGAGAAGAAGCAGAAAAACACAAUCAACAAACGAACACUAGCACACACCCUAAAUCCUCCUCUUCUGCCCUGAGGGUUCUCCGUCGCUUUGCAGAAGGCUCUUUGGUGGAGCUUGAGGGCGGUCGACUGAAGCGGGUGGAGGAUUUAAAGAUGGAUGAUUUGGAGAGGUGUGCUCAAUUACAUCCUGAGCUGACGCUGAGGCGUUUCACUGUGUUGAAGAUGACACCUUCAAACACGCCAACGCUGUCAUGUUUACAUCUGGAGAUUGAGCACGACCAUUCACAGUUGUCUCUGGAGGUGAGUGAAGGGCUGCCUUUCUUCGUUUGUGGGCACGGCUGGUCUUCCUGUAACCCUCGACACACAAGUCAAACCUGCAGACUACAAUGCCGUCAACUAAAGGUGGGUGAUGUGUGCCUGGCACUAACGCAGAUGCCCACCUCUUCAUCUCAGCCUGCCAACCAGAGCCUAGCUGAAGUGGGUGGAGAUCACACAGUCCCAAAGUUUAAUGCCGAAACCAACCCCACACUGCAGAAAGAAACUAAAUCAAGAAAGAGACACUUCACAGCUCCUGAACUCAGGGAAAUUUCCAAGGUACGCCACACCGAAGACUGAGCAGCUAAAGGCUAAAUCAUUUACUGUGGAAUUAUAACAAAACAAAACAAACAAAAAAAUCUCAGACUUACAUUUAAAACAGUUUUUAAUUGUACAUAAGUCUUUGUACAUUGUAAAUACCAUCUUUUUAAAGCAAAUAUGUGUACAUAGUAACUGCAAUGUUACCAAAUCAAUUACACUACCGUUCAAAGGUUUAGGGUCAGUGAGUUUAUUUUUUUAAUAAAUAUUUUUAAUGAUGAUAUUUUAUUAAAUUGGUAAAACAUGAGAUUACAUUAUUUUUAUGUUGUUAAAAAAAUUAUUUUAAAUAUAGAACUUUCUUUUACACUUUAUAUUCAUCAAAGAAUUCUGCAAAACGUGUCAAGGUUUCCACAAAAGUUCUAAGCAGCACAAAAAAAAAAAUUCCAACAUUGAUAAUAAAAAAAUCUAUAUAUAUCUUGAGCACCAUAUCAACAUAUUAAAAAGAUUUAUGAAGGAUUAUGUGACCGACUGAGAGGUCAUGAAGACUGGAGUAAUGGCUGCUGAAAACUUUGAUUUGCCAUCGCAGGAAGGAUUUUAAAAUUUGAAAAUAUUAUAAUAAAAAGCAUAAUACAAUAUAAUGUAAUAAUAUUUCACAAUAUUACUAUUUUUGAACAAAUCAAUGCACCAUAGUAGAUUAUAAGAAAAAAAGAGAGAAGAAAAAAAACAUCUUUCAGGCCCCAAAACGUUUGAACAGUAGUUUAUUAUGUCACAAAAUACAUAUCAGACCUCGUUACAACAUUCUUAUAACAACUAACAGCCACAAAAUGUGAUAUUACAGUAGUUAUUUUUGUUGUGCAGUCUAUAUUUUUCUGUAUGCACAUGCAUUUGUAUCAAGAACAUCCUAAAAACCCUGUACAAUGUCUGAUAUUCAAUUUUUUGACUUCAUGUCUAUUAACCUGGUGGAAAUCUAUACUGUACUCCAAAAGCUGACAAAAUAAACUUAUCAUAUAUUAAUAUUAAUGACUUAAUUUCCUAACUCAGGGGUAUAUGUAAUAAAAUAUUUUUGUUUUCACUGUAUAUAGUAUUCAACCCACGGAUGUUUAAAAUAAACCUGUUAUCAUUUCCAUUCAUCUUAAUGACAGCUGCUUUGACGCCCCCGAUGUAUGUGACCUCACAAGAUAACUAGAAGGUAUUUGCUAAAUUAAACAUGCAAUAUAAUGAGGGCAUGUAACAAAUAAUGUAGCAGAGUGAAAUCAAAAACCAUUGCUUUGACUUCCUGGAACAGGCACCCAUCAUUUGCAUGUCUAUUUCACAUCUUGUGCAAUAUACAAUGGGGUCUAAAAAUCUGCAACCACAUAGAAAUUCUGCAACUCAAACCUGGAAAUAACCAGAGUUUUAAACACAGGCACAUUAUGAUUUAAAAUUAAAAAGAGAUAUUUAAGACUAUGAAUUUAUCCACUGAAGCGCAUAAGAUCAACAACGUAAGAUCAAAUGCAUGCCUUUAU